ACCUAAAACCCAACCUGGAAUGAUUUCCCCACCAAGAAACUCUCCCAUUUUCAAUUUUACACUCUAGAAAACUAUGCCAAACACGGAUUAAAUAACUCUGGAUAUGUUCAUAGAGAGAAAAUUAUUGCAAGGAUUCUUCCGCAGAAGAGGUUAUUGAAAAAUCAAAGGUUGAAUCUUUAGGAAGAAAGAUUGAUGUUUUUGGAAGGGUUUGUGCAUGUGGAGAGUCUGUUUUGUUUCUUUGCAUUGGUGAGAUAUAGGGAGUAGUUGUCAUUGAUGGGGAGAGGGAAGCCAAGGGCAGUAGAGAAAGGGGCAUUAGGGCAAAGCACAAGUUCAUCAAGAAGUGGGCAGUUCAUUAUACCCCCUGCGCCUGUGUAUUUCCCGACGGAAGAAGAAUUUAGGGACCCUUUGGAGUUUAUAUAUAAGAUCAAGGGAGAGGCCGAAAAGUACGGGAUCUGUAAGGUUGUACCUCCCAAGAACUGGAAACCCCCAUUUGCAUUGGAUUUGAAUUCGUUCACGUUUCCCACAAAAACUCAGGCAAUCCAUCAGUUGCAGGCCCGGUGUGCUUCGUGUGACCCUAAAACUUUUGAGUUGGAGUAUGAGCGAUUCUUAGAAGAGCAUUGCGGUAGGAGGGUGAAGAAGAGGGUUCUCUUUGAGGGGUCAGAGUUGGAUUUCUGUAAAUUGUUUAAUGCGGUGAAACGCUAUGGAGGUUAUGAUAAGGUUGCAAAGGACAAGAAGUGGGGGGAAGUUUUUAGGUUUGUGAGGUCAAGCGGGAAGAUCACAGAGUGUGCGAAGCAUGUGUUGAGUCAGUUGUACUUUGAACAUCUGUAUGAUUAUGAACAGUAUUGCUCUAAAUUGAAUAAGGUUAACAAUAAGGGUUAUAAGCGAAGAGCUCAGCAUGAUAGAAAAAGUAUACCACAGUUUGAAAUUCCUAGUUUGAAGAGGAGGAAGAAUACAAAGGGUGAGAGACAUGAUGAAGUGAACAAAACAGAGGAAGAGCUUGAUCAAAUAUGCGAACAAUGCAAAAGUGGUAUGCAUGGGGAGGUGAUGCUUCUAUGUGAUAGAUGCAACAAGGGAUGGCAUAUUUAUUGUUUAUCACCACCUCUAAAACAAGUUCCACCUGGGAACUGGUACUGCUUGGAGUGCUUGAAUUCUGAAAAAGACAGCUUUGGUUUUGUUCCGGGAAAGGAUUAUUCUUUGGAAGCUUUUAGGCGUGUGGAUGAUCGGUCUAAGAGAAGAUGGUUUGGAUCAACACCUAUAUCACGAGUUCAACUGGAGAAGAAGUUUUGGGAAAUAGUAGAGGGAUCAGCGGGUGAAGUUGAAGUUCUCUAUGGCAAUGACUUGGAUACUUCUGUUUAUGGGAGUGGAUUUCCACGUGGAACUGACCAAAGGGUUACAACAGUAGGAUCUGAAAUAUGGGAUGAGUAUUGUGUUAGCCCAUGGAAUCUUAAUAACUUACCGAAGUUGAGAGGUUCAAUGCUACAAGCUGUUCAUCAAAACAUUGCCGGUGUUAUGGUACCAUGGCUUUACAUUGGGAUGUUAUUCUCUUCAUUUUGCUGGCAUUUUGAAGAUCAUUGUUUUUACUCUAUGAACUAUCAUCACUGGGGAGAUCCAAAAUGUUGGUAUAGUGUUCCUGGUAGUGAAGUCCUUGCAUUCGAAAAGGUUAUGCGAAAAAGUCUCCCUGAUUUAUUUGAAACACAGCCUGAUUUGUUGUUUCAGCUUGUAACCAUGUUGAACCCACGUGUCUUGCAAGAAAAUGGAGUCCCUGUUUACAGUGUCUUGCAGGAGCCUGGAGACUUCAUCAUUACCUUCCCCAGAUCCUACCAUGCAGGCUUCAACUUUGGUUUAAAUUGUGCGGAGGCUGUCAAUUUUGCACCUGCAGAUUGGCUACCUCAUGGUGGUUUUGGAGCUGAACUUUACCAGCUUUACCGCAAAGCUGCUGUAUUAUCUCAUGAAGAGCUUCUCUGUGUGGUGGCCAAGAGUGAUUUGGAUAGUAAGGUCUCACCAUACUUAAAAAUGGAACUGCUUAGGGUCUAUAAUAAGGAAAAAUCAUGGAGAGAACAGCUUUGGAUGAAUGGCAUAGUUAACACUUCAAUAAUGUCACCUCGUAAGCAGCCUCAGUACGUGAGUACCGAAGAGGAUCCUACAUGCAUUAUAUGCCAACAAUAUUUGUAUCUUUCUGCUGUAGCAUGCAGCUGUAGACUAUCAGUUUUUGUUUGCCUCGAGCAUUGGGAACACCUUUGUGAAUGCAAGCCCAACAAACACCGUAUUCUCUAUCGUCACACUCUUGCAGAACUGAGUGAUUUGGUGCUCAUUGCAAAUAAGUGUAAUUCUGAGUAUGCAUCCACAAGCAUCCAAAACCAGCUCCUCACUUCCACAGAUUCAGCAGCACUUUCAAAGAAGGUCAAAGGUAACUCAUUCACCCAUGUGCAACUUGCAGACAAAUGGCUUUUGAAGUGUGAUAAGAUUGUACAGAGUUCAAAUUCGCGUGAUGCUUACGCUAAUGCACUAAAAGAGGCUGAACAGUUUCUCUGGGCUGGUCAUGAAAUGGAUCAUGUCAGAGAAAUGGCCAAUAAGCUGGUUGAAUAUCAGAAUUGGGCUCAAAAAGUAAGGGAUUGCAUCUCUAGAUUAGAGGCAUGGUCGUGUAAAGGUGACCAUGAUUCAGGAAAGGUUCAGAUGGAGCUUGUUGACCAUUUGCUAAGUAUAAGUCCUGCCCAUUGUGUUGAUCCCGCAUAUCUCAAAUUAAAGGAUUACCAGACAAAAGGAAGCAUUCUGAUUCAGGAAAUUGGUUCUAUUCUUUCAUUAUGUCCUAAGAUUUCUGUAGAUGAGUUGGAGAAUUUGCAAUCUAAGAUAUGUGAUUCGCCUGUCUAUGCAACAGAAAGUGAGAAGUUGAUAUGCAUACUGUCUUCAGUGAAGGCUUGGAAAGAUGCUGCUAUAAAGUGCAUCUCAGAAAAGUCUUCUGCUGCAGUCGAGGCAGACGUUCUCUAUAAAUUGCAGGAGGAGAUUUCGGAUCUUCAAGUUGAACUCCCUGAAGUUCAAAUGUUAUUAGAUUUAGUUGCAAAAGUUGAAAUGUGCCGCUCUCAGUGCAAAGAGAUGUUGGAACGUUCUAUUAGCCUAAAGGAACUCGAAUUGAUUAUAAAUGAAUGGAAGGCUUUCACGGUUAACAUUCCGGAGCUUGAACUUCUAAAACAAUAUCAUAAAGAUGCUUUGUCUUGGGUAUCCCGUCUUAAGAACAUCCUAGUAAACAUCAGUGAAAGGGAAGACCAAGACCGUGUUGUUCAUGAGUUAACUUGUCUUCAGAAAGAUGCAUCUUGUCUGAGAAUUCAGGUUGUGGAGCUGCCCUGUAUUGAAAUUGAACUGAGAAAAGCUAGCUGCCGGGCAAAAGCACUGAAGGCACUUCAUAGCAGAACAUCCAUGGAUUAUAUAGAGCAGCUGUUGGUGGAUGCUAGCAUGUUGGAGAUUGAGAAGGAGAACCUUUUUCUUGAUAUUUCCAAGGUGCAUGCACUUGCUCUUUCUUGGGAAGAAAGAGCGAAGAACUUACUUGGAACUAAGGCGGAUAUAUCUGAAUUUGAGGAUGCUAUCAGGGCUUCUGAAAGUUUGGUUGUCAUUCUACCAUCUCUUGAUGAUAUUAAUGAUGCCGUUUCCAAGGCCAAGUCUUGGCUACUCAGGUCUAGACCUUUUAUAACGAACCAAUCGCCAGCAGCACUUGCUUCUUCAUGCUUGUUGCAUAAAGUUGAGGAUUUGAAGGAGUUAUCAUCCCAGUCAAAGCAUCUGAAGAUCUCUUUGGAAGAACAACCUAUCAUUCAGAAACUUCUCGAUCAGUGCACAAGUUGGGAACUGGAUGCCUGCUCUUUGUUGAACGAUGCAGAUACCCUAUUGAAUGCUGAUGUCAUAGGUGAUAAUAUUUUUAGCACUCUCACCCCAAAACUUGAACAUCAAAUUUCAUCAAUACAGCGUACCGUACAAGCCGGUCACUCUCUUGGUUUUGAACUGGAUAUGAUUUCCAAGCUUCGAGGUGUCUGCUCAACUCUGAAGUGGUGUGUCAAGGUUCUUUCUUUCUCUGCCAGUAGUCCUUCCAUUAAGGAAAUUGAAAAAACUUUGGAAGUUGUUGGCCGUUCUCCUACUGUAUAUGCAUCUUCUAAGUUGUACACUGUGCUGUUGGAUGGGGUAAAUUGGCUUAAGAAAGCCUUGGAAGUUUCAGCUCAAUCCAAUCUCAGGAGAUUCAGUUUGAAGGAUGCUGAGGAUGUGCUUAGGCAGUCUCAGAGUGUUCAGAUAUCAUCUCCUGUGAUAGUCUCUCAAAUCAAGAAUGCUAUUGCGAAACAUAAUUUGUGGCUGGAGCAAGUUCGAUUAUUUUUUAGUCUUGGCUUGAAGGAUCGGGCAUUAGGCAUGUUACUGCAGCUAAAGGAACUUGGAAGCACGGAUGCAUUUACAUGUUCUGAAUUGGACAUGGUUAUCUCUGAGGUUCAUAAAAUAGAUGAGUGGAAGCAUCGCUGCAUUGAUAUGUUUUGGUCUUCUGGUGAUGCCAACAUGCUACUUAGUGCUCUUUUAGAGAUUAGAAAUGCUCUUGAUACUUCAUUUUUCAUUUUUGACAACUCUAACUUUUUCAAGAGACAAGAUAUGUGUAUAUUCUGCUCCACUGCUACUAAUAGACAGAAGCUUUUGACUUGUUCUUCUUGCAACGACUGCUUCCACUUGGGAUGUAUGGGACAACCAUCUUUGGAGACAAAAAAUGUUCCAUUUAAUUGCCCCUAUUGCCAAUACACGAGAAGUGGGAAAAUCUCUAAAAAUGUUUGCAACUUGCUGAAAAAAGGGCGGAAGCGUUUUGAAUUGAAGAAGCUCAGCAAGCUUUUGUCAGAUGCUGAUGGUCUCUGUUUAUGGAUUGAGGAAAGAUCAUUACUUUGCCAAAUCAUGGACAGAGGUCUUCGGCUCAGCAUGUGCUUAAGAGAAAUCUCAAAUUCUGCAUCAGCUUGCCCUGAGGAGGAGGCGAAUCUAAGUAUUGUUUCUGAAAAACUUACAGUUGCAUUAAAGGCAGUAAAUGUGGCCGGUAUUGAUGAUUCUGAAACCAACUGCAAACUGGAGUUGGCAUUAGCGAAAAAUUCAUGGAGAGUUGGAGCUCUGAAGCUAAUGGAUGGUCCUCAAAAGCCCACUGCUCAACACAUCCGGCAACACUUAAAGAAGGGAAUAUCUAUAGGUGUUUCUACCAAAGAUUACCUAAGGCAGAGACUGACAGAAGCACAUGAUAUAGGAACAGAAUGGGCCAACACUGCAAAGAAGGUUGCUGCAGAUGGCGGUGCACUUGGAUUGGAUAAGGUCUUCAACCUGAUCUCUGAGGGCGAGAAUCUGGCCGUGAAUUGUGAGAAUGAACUCAAAUUACUGAGGGAUAGGUGUUUGCUCUACUGCAUCUGUCGGAGACCGUAUGAUGAGAGGGCAAUGAUUGCUUGCGACAAAUGUGACGAAUGGUAUCACUUUGAUUGCAUUCAGUUGUCUUCUCUCCCAAAGAUCUAUAUAUGCCCAGCCUGUGGUGUCGAAUCCGAAGAUGCUUCUGCUGCUCAUGCAUCCAUACCAUCCAUCGAAGACGGGUGUGGUGUUGGAAAACCAAAGGAGCCCCAAACGCCAUCCCCUCGGCCCACAGAAGUGAGAAGGAAGGCUGGAAAAUCCAACGCCACCGACGUGGUGGAAGUGGGCCCACCGCGGCCGAGGGAGUGGGAAAAUAACAAUAGUAACAAUAAUAAAAACGUUCUUCUCGGAUUGUUGUGGAGAAACCGCAAGCCAUGUAAACGUGCAGUUCGGAAACGAACAUGCCUCGAUAACCUCAUCAUCUCAUCCCCUUUCUUCUGUACAGAGUGAUCUUUUUUUUCUUCCUUUCUUUUUCUGCUCUUUCUUUGAGUCUCCAUUUUAGGUUAGUUUGCUAGGUUUUAGUCGCGGCGUAACGGCGGGGUGGGGUGGGGGUUUGAUAUUUAACGUUGUAUUCGUUUGAACAUUGCUCCUCCUUCCCAUUAAAACUAGAAAAUUAUA